UAAAAGUAAAUAAUUUAAUUUAAAGAUUAUUUUUAUUUUCAACCAAUAGUUAGGUAUUUUGUUUAUUUGUAAAUAUUGACUUUAUUGCUCUACUGUGAUGUUUGGAGAGAAAGUAAUAGAACUGGUAAAAGAAGCAGAGAGAAAUCGCGAGACAAUCGAUUUAUACAAUGAUGAAAAAAUACGACAAAUUAUACAAGAAAUGCAUGUUUUAUUUAAAAUGAAUAUGAAUGAUGCCAAUGCUACAACUGAAAAUAAAUCUCUUUGGACAACCGUUCAAGUUCGACAUUCAGCAUUAGAAAGAAACAAAAGGUGCCUUCUAGCCUAUCUCUACAAUAGAAUGAUAAAAAUAAAAACUUUGCGCUGGGAGUUUGGUUCUGUUUUGCCACCAGAUGUACGAGAGCUUCUUUCAGACAGUGAAUAUGAAUGGUUCUCAAAAUACUCUACAAAUCUGGCUACAUAUAUGCGAUCACUGGGGGAAGACAUAGGCUAUAGCGGCAUAGAUCUUACAGAAAACCUUAGGCCACCAAAGUCGCUAUAUAUUGAGGUACUAUGUGUGACAGAUUAUGGCAAGCUUGAAUUGGAAGACGGUGAUGUAAUUAUGCUCAAGAAAAACAGUAGGCAUUUUUUACCAACAUCCGAAUGUCAGACUCUUAUACGACAGGGUGUUUUAAAACAAAUAAUCUAAUAAAUUUUAGUGUUGUAUUUUAGUAGUCAGGAAUGGCUGGCCCUAAAAAGUUAAAUAAAAUCAAGAUUGUUAACUUUUUUAACAUUAAAUUAAAUAGACUUAAUUUUACUUGUGAUAUUUGUAUUUAUUGUUUAAUAAAUAAUAAAGUAAAAUAAAUAAUUGUAUUCA